GUGUGCCGUCCCACCCCUGUCUUCAGACUGCCUGCCAACACACUGCAGCAUGCCAUGUUUAUUUUCGUGUUGUGUUCUCUAGCGUUCUGCCUACAUUGUUAUUUUCUUUGGCUGAAGCCUGUGGUCGGUGGGGCAAUGUUUCUAGGCUAAAUUAAAGUGGGCUGGCCCCCACAAAAAAACAGACCACACGUCUUAUGGCAUAAUGCAAAAUGUCUCCCUUACCAAGAUAUUUUUUAAGAGUGGGGGAAGAAAAAAACAGAUUUUAGGGGGAGAGGGAGAGAGGUUCUUGUUUUCAGCCCAUGGGCGUACAAGUACAGUUUCCUGACACAUGUUGUUUUAUUCAUGUCCUUUUUAUGUACAUUAUUUAGAGUUUGCCUGGUUGCUCAUCUGACGCAUCUGUCCCAUUACAUUGCAUGAAACAAAACAGAGCUGAGAAGCAUAACAUUCUCUCUUGUAAAAAGAGACAGCAGACUCUCGGAAGAACAGGCAUAUGAAUGAGUGGGUGUACCACAGGCCCGUUCUAAACAGGAAUGGUGUUAGGCAUUUCGGUGACAGUCCAAUUAAAUUCACAACUGUGAAGACUGGACCGGGACACCUCUUAAAGAACAAUGGCAUGGACAUUAAGGUCACUGACUAUGCUGCUGUUUCUGGCAUAUCUACAGGCAAUAGAGGAGGAGGAUAUCAGAGCUGGCUGCAGCACUGCGGUGAAUGACCUAGUCUACAUCAUAGAUGGCUCGUGGAGCGUGGGCCACAGUGACUUCAAAAAGGCCAAGAGCUGGCUCGUCAACAUCACCAGCGGCUUCGACAUCAGCUCCCACUACUCACAGGUGGCCGUGGUGCAGUACAGCGACACCCCUCGUCUGGAGAUCCCCCUGGGGAAGCACCACGGUGGCCCGGACCUCAUCCAGGCCAUCGAGGGCAUCAGCUAUCUAGGCGGGAACACUCAGACGGGCCGUGCCAUCAAGUUCGCCGUAGAUCACGUGUUCCCGUCCUCGCAGCGCACCAGCACCGUCAAGAACCGCAUUGCGGUGGUGGUGACGGACGGAAAGUCCCAGGAUGAUGUGGUGGACGCUAGCGUGGAGGCGCGGGCGCAAGGCGUCAUUGUGUUCGCCGUGGGAGUGGGCACCGAGAUCACCACCUCAGAGCUGAUGUCCAUCGCCAACAAGCCGGGUGGGACCUACGUGUUGUAUGCCGAGGACUACGCCAACAUAGACCGAAUCCGAGACUCCAUGGAGCAGAGACUGUGUGAGGAGUCUGUGUGUCCUACGCGUAUCCCAGUGGCCUCCAGGGAUGAGAAGGGCUUUGAGUUGAUGCUGGGCAUGAAUAUCCACCAGAGGACCAAGAAGAUCCAAGGCUCUCUGGUGUCUGAGACAGCCUUCUCCUUGACCACCUCAACAGACAUCACAGAGAACACAAGGGAGAUCUUCCCCGAGGGUCUGCCUCCAUCCUAUGUGUUUGUGGCCACGGUCCGCCUCAAGGGUUCAGCCAAACAGGACAAGUUUGACCUGUUGAGGAUCCUUUCUAAAGAUGGCGUCACCCAGGCAGCAGUGACACUGAACGGAGGGGACAAGUCUGUCACUUUCACGACCACCAGCACCACCAAUGAGGAGCAGCUGGUCACCUUUAAUGUGCAGGGCAUUGGGAGUUUCUUUGAUGAAGAGUGGCACCAGCUGAAGCUGCUCGUGAGGCCCCGGCAAGUAACCGGUUUCCUGGACGAUGAGGAGAUCCAGGAAGUGGCGCUACUGGAGCCGGUGGAGCCAAUCUACAUCAACGGCAAGACGCAGGUCGCCAAGAAGUUUGGGGCGGAGACCACAGUCCCUGUGGAGAUACAGAAACUGCGCCUUUAUUGUGACCCUCAUCAAAGCGAGAGAGAGACAGCCUGUGAAAUCUACUCUGUGGUGAGGAUGAUGAGAGGUGUCUGCAUUAGAGUGUCACACUUCAGUGUGUAUCUGUCCCAGUGUCCCCUGGAUCGUGAGGCCACAGUGGAGGAAGUGGAGUGUGACUGUGCUAAUGGCAGCCCAGGACCACCUGGCCCUCCUGGACCAAUGGGUCUCCGAGGCGAGAUAGGAAGAGCAGGACCACCAGGCCCUGACGGUAAGCCUGGAACCCAGGGUGAGCCUGGUGGGUCUGGAGAACCUGGGUUUCCUGGCGAGACGGGUGAAUUGGGCCAACUAGGACCCAGCGGGGCUCCAGGUCUGACAGGUGGCAAAGGCGAGAGAGGGGAUCCAGGACUGCCGGGGAAACCGGGCCCGCCAGGACCAAAGGGUCCUGCCACCUCACAAUUAAACCUGGGCUCUGUUGGAAUUCCAGGGAAAAAGGGACUUCCGGGUGAGAGGGGACAAACCGGACCUCCGGGUGAGAUUGGACCAAUGGGGGGACCAGGAGUGCAGGGCAAAGAUGGAAUGAUUGGGCCGGUGGGACCAAAGGGAGACAAAGGAGAUAUUGGAAUGUCUGGUGCUGAUGGACAACAGGGGGUACCGGGGAUCCGGGGGCUUCCUGGAGGGGCGGGGCCAACAGGACCUCAGGGAGAGAGAGGAGCACUUGGGCAGAAGGGAUCAACAGGUCCAAAAGGUCCACAGGGAAUUCAAGGCCCCCAGGGAGACCCUGGAGCCAGUGGACGCGAUGGCCCAAAGGGAAGCGAGGGGGAGCGAGGUUCCGAUGGCUCUCCAGGAAUGCCAGGCCAAAAGGGCACACCAGGAGAGGCAGGCUUCCUUGGGUCCCCGGGCACUAAUGGCCUACCUGGGUUCAAAGGUCCUAAGGGAGAAACUGGAGAGACGGGUCCCAGAGGAAGUCAGGGCGAACGAGGCACCGAUGGGGCCCUUGGGAACCCCGGCUUACCAGGUGAAGCUGGACCCAGGGGAGGCAAAGGACAGAAAGGCAUCACGGGGGAUAUCGGUGUCAGAGGCACCGAUGGGAAGAAAGGGGGCAUGGGACACGUGGGGGCCGCUGGCCCACGGGGAUCUCCCGGCGAGGACGGGUUGCCUGGGCAACCGGGAACGCCGGGCUACCCUGGGAAGCCUGGGAAGCCUCCCUCUGACGACCACAUGAUGAAGCUCUGCGGCGAUGUGUUGCGGAAUCAGCUCCCCCAGCUGCUGCAGACACUAUCCCCUCUCAGCAGAUGUGAGCCGUGUGAGACGGUGAAGGGACCCCCGGGACAGCCUGGAGCACCAGGACUCAAAGGUUCCUCAGGAACCCCGGGCUAUCCCGGUAGAAUCGGCUCACCAGGAUAUCCAGGAACCCCCGGCAUGCAGGGGCCCCAGGGAGUCAAAGGUGACACUGGACCAAGAGGACUCAAAGGCACCAAAGGAGAGGGCCGUCCAGGGUCACCAGGCUCUACUGGACAGUCAGGAGUUCAGGGGCCUCGCGGAUCGGAUGGCAUCGGACGCCCGGGCACUCAGGGGAUGCCUGGGAAGUCAGGAAGUCCCGGAAUGCCAGGGAAACAAGGGUCAUCAGGACUACCAGGAGUGUGUGACAUGUCUUCUUGCUACCAGGCCUACAACCUCAGGAAUGACCCCUACAGCAAAGGGCCCAACUUCUGAGAGGAAGGGGCCCCUAAAGGGGAGGACGGGCUUCAAUGUGGGGGUCAAGAUGCAACGUCAUACAGUCCUUUAAGACAGUGAUAUCAAAUAUUUUCGGCAAAGGGGAGUGUUUAGCUGCAGGCUUUUGCUCCAGCCAUACACUAACACACCUGAAAAUGGAAUAAAGGUCUGCACCCACACUGGCUCUUUGCAGAUAAGAUUGGACACCAAUGCUUAAAAGCCAUCUCCUCGUGGACACCCAGACAUUUCACAUAUUUGUUCUAGCCCUGAACUGGCACACCUGAUUCCGUUAGUAAAGGGCUUGGUGAUAAUUGACUAAUUGAAUCAGGUGUGCCAGUUUAGGGAUACAACAAAUAUGUAAAAAUACCUCUGGUCCCUGAGGAGAGGGUUGGGAAACCCUGUUUUAAGGCUUAUGGGUGUCCACUUUGCUGUUCAGUAGAAAUAUUUGUCCCGAUUAACUGAAACUAGGUCUACGUAUAUUGAGACAUAUUCUUGAUUUCAUAUACUGUAUGUUUGUAGGUUUCAGGAUAAAGGAUAUAAAACAUAUGUUUUGGACUUUUAAUGGUGAUUGUCCAAAGAGAAUCAUCAUAGUCCUUGGUACUGUAACACUACCUCCUUGCUGGACACAAGGCAUUACAUAUAAGUACACCAGUGAAAAAUGUUUUGUAAAACCAGGGUAUGAAACAUAUUUAAAAAAUGUUAUACCUUAAGAUGUUGUUGUCAAGCCCUCCAUAUGUAAAUAUUUUACAGCAUGUCAAAAUGUAAAUAUGUUGUGGGCUGAGGUAAACACACAGUAACUGCUAAUUAGUACAAUAACAGGCUACCUGGAUUCAACCACAGAAUGUGCUAAUAUAGUAAGUGCCUGGUGCAUUUUUACAAGACAACAUUGUGAGAAUUUCAGCUUAAAAUGUAUCCCAACUACGAAAACUGUACUGUAGAUAAUAUAUUAAUUCACCUUGUGCCUUUAUAAACCCAUACCAUAAAUGAAAUUAAACCUCAGGAACUGCUUCAAA